UGCUGAGGUUAAGUCUAAUAGGCCGCUCCUAGCUUCGGUCAAUUGGGCGCGCGCGACGCUCCUGUUCAGUCGUGAACGAAUUGUCCUGCGCGAAGUUCUAUACAGUGUGGCGAGCAUGGGUGAGCUCUCGCUACGAGCGUGGACUUUGCAGUUCGUGGCGCUGACGACUCUGGUGUAUGUGGUGGAUGGCUCACUGCUACCGCUCGAGACGGAGCGCCUACGCGCUAGUGUGGGAGGUUAUGCUGUGAUGAAUUGUCACCUAGAUUUUCCAUUUGGCAACGAAAUACCAUAUCAUCUACAGUGGGAUAAAGAUGGCGAAACUAUUUUCUCUUGGUACAGCGGCGAAGGAGAGCCGCAAGUGGCUGACCGAUGGGGAGGGCGAGUGCGUCGCGUGGGCGGGCACGGACUCGGCGGUGGCUCCGUCAACGUGAGUGCGGUACGCGAGACCGACGCCGGUCUUUACCGUUGCCGCGUCACCUUUCCUAAUCGCACUCCACCCGCGCGCAACAAUGGGACGUUCUAUUACUUAGACGUCGACGGUGGUAAUUUAAUUGUUACACCGCCAAUGAACGUAACCGUUCUCGAAGGAGAGCGUGCUGAGCUUGAAUGUCUUCCCAAGAGUCCCGAAUGGGUGGUGCAAUGGUAUCGCGAGGGAAUGCCCAUUGAAGCUUUGCCUGAGCUGGCGUUGCGUUCGGAAUUAGCGAUUAAUGGUAGUUUAGUUCUGCGGCAUACAAUCAGCACAGACUUGGGCGAGUACGAAUGUCGUAUCAGCGCUCCUGACGGUCAAAUGCAGAGUGCUAGUGGAUUUCUGGAUGUACAGUAUAAAGCAAAAGUUGUUUACUCACCAAAAGAAAGGUUUUUACCAUAUGGAAAGUCAGCUAGUCUGGACUGUCACUUCAGCGCUAAUCCCCCAUUGACGAAUUUGCGCUGGGAAAAGGAUGGAUUUUUAUUUGACCCAUAUAACGUACUCGGCGUUUUUUAUAGCCGAAAUGGAAGUCUUCUUUUUAAUCGCGUUGAUGAAUCUCACGAAGGGCUAUAUUCUUGUACGCCGUAUAACUCGUUGGGCUCCGAGGGUCCUUCGGCCGGUGUUCGUGUACGCGUGCAACGACCUCCGGCUAUAGCAGCACGCCCGCAACCAUUGUAUCUCGUAAGGCUCGGGGCUACGGUGAAUCUGCCUUGCACUGUAACUACAGAGCCUUAUUAUGCGUUGCCGUCCAUCCGUUGGGCAAAGAAAGAUCGCAGUGAGCUACCUGAAGGACGGUACUCAUUAAUGGAAGGAAAUCUAACUAUCAAUGACGUGCAAGAAGAGGAUCGUGGUGUAUACAUUUGUACGGUGAGCAACGAGGCAGAUGAGCUCGCGGUGGAGACUGAACUUCUGAUUGAGAACGUGCCUCCUCGCGCUCCUUACAAUCUCACAGCUCUGGCUUCCUUUGAAUCUAUUCAUCUCUCUUGGGUGCCUGGUCACAAUGGUGUCGAUGUGGAGUAUAACGUCUGGUACCGCGAGCGGUCUGAAAGCGAGUGGCGAACUAUGAAGAUCCUGUCCCGUGGCGUUACCGACGCUACGCUGGUGGGGCUGCGAUCCGCAACCGAUUACGAGCUACGUGUUCUGUCACAGGACUAUAUUGGUGACGGGCUUUUUAGCAAGCCGAUUUUCGUACGAACGCUAGAUCCAGAACUACGGGAGGAUGAAAGCGAAACCAUGUUUGCCGCGGCGGUCACAGAGAGUGCAACGAGCACGGCCGUAUUUAUCGGUACCAGCGGGGCUGUGGCUGGCGAAGGUGGGCCGGGUGAGCUGGCCGUGAAUGUACGUCUCAUCGAGGAAGGCGCCCUCGUGCGGUGGAGUCGCGAACCUAGUGAAAGCGCACGGUGUACGUUGCGCUGGUACGACGCUGGCGAGCCCAUGCAUCGUCUCCUCGCCACUGUUAGCACGCUACAGGAUUAUGUUCUCGUAAGCGAAGUGGAGGAGGGCGCAAGUUACUGGGCUCGCGUGCAGUGCGCGAACGCGCAGGGCGGCGCCGCGCUGCACGUGCCGGAGUACACCCGGCUGCGCGGCGUGGCCGUGGGCUCGGCGGCGGCGGCGCUGCUGCUGGCCGCGCUGGCCGCCGCGCUGUGCCUCGCGCGCCGCCGGCUGCGCCCGCACUCGCACGACAAGCGGACGCGCUGACAGCAGCCGCCGACGCUCGUUCGAAAGUUGACUUUUCAGUGUUCGUUUAAGUAUGUAAUAUAAAUCGACGAUGUUUCCUCUGUGAGAUCGUUAAACGAAACAUAAUAGACUAUGACAUAGCAGAACAUGUC